CUCGUGCACACCUCCUGUCUGCCAUCCGAUCCUACCCCGGUCUGUUCGCUGACUCAGUGCCUUAAGCAGCAUCACCGAUCACCUGAAGAGAGCCACAGCAUCCUCUGCGGAGAAAAGACACAUCAGCCAUGGCUAAAACAGCAACCGCGUAUAAAGAGAAGAUGAAGGAGCUGUCCGUCCUCUCCCUCAUCUGCUCCUGCUUCUAUCCAGAGUCACAAAAAAAGCUUGUGCGUGAGUUUGAAGACAUGGAGGUGAAGCCUAUAAACAAGCGGGCCUCUGGCCAGGCCUUUGAGGUGAUUCUCAAGCCUCCAUCUCCGGUAUCAGAUGUGGCCCACAACCUCCCCUCACCACCCAAGAGGGACAUCUCCUUGGAGGACAUUGAGAAGAAACUGGAGGCAGCCGAAGAUCGAAGGAAGUACCAGGAGGCCCAGGUGCUGAGGGUUUUGGCAGAGAAGCGAGAGCAUGAGAGGGACGUGUUGCUAAAGGCCAUGGAGGAGAACAGUAACUUCAGCAAGAUGGCCGAAGAGAGACUGCAGAUGAAGAUGGAGCAGAUCAAGGAGAACCGCGACGCCCUUCUGGCAGCCAUGAUUGAGCGUCUACAGGAGAAGGAGAGACAUGCAGCUGUGGUGCGCAAGAACAAAGAGCUGAGGGAAGACCUGAUAGCAUGAGCCUCUCACAAGCCCUGACUUCCAUGGUCCAUCAAGUCCCUCCGACAAGCCCCGCCCCUCACCUUGCCCCGCCCUCACCCUCCUCAGAAUGGACACCCAACCCUGGUUGCCCAGAGGUUCGAGGACCUCACCAUCACAUCACAACACACCACACCACCAGUACACACUACUAUCAGUAUUAUCAGUGGAUACAAGCAUCAAUUACACUUAUCUUGUGAGUUGAAUGGAUUUGAUCAUUUUAGAGAAAACUAUAUGGCUUUUCUUUUGUAAAUACUGUUUUCUUAAAAUCUAUCUAUCUAUCUAUCUAUCUAUCUCUCUAUCUCUCUCUCUAUCUAUCUAUCUAUCUAUCUAU